AUGAGUACCGCCGGCGUAUUCGCUGCCGUCAACAGCGCCAUCAAGCUCGCAGACUUCAUCCUCGACCUCCGCGAAGUCCCUGAGGAGCUCCGCGUCUUCUCCUCCCUCAUCACCCGUGUGAACUCAGAUCUAAACGAAGCAUUCCGUCUGCGCCGAAAUCCCGCGAUAGACGCCCGCCUCAUAGCAACAUCCUCGCAAAAGCAAUGGGUCGACAGCUCCAUCAACGAUGUCCAGAAAGCGCUCCAUGACAUCGGCGUCUACGUGGAGAACGGCCGCCUCGAUGAAGAGCAUGGUAAGAGCGUGGGUAUGAAGACCCGCUUCGAGUGGGUCGUGAAAACCCACAACAAGAUCAAGACGCGCGAGUUGGCGCUCGCAACUUGUCAGCGGAGUCUCUUGGUCGCGAUACAGAUGAUGCAGACGCUCGAGAUGACGAGUCUCAUGAAUCCAAUGACUUCAAUGACUCCAAUGACUUGUUCGGCGACUGAACUGCCGAAGCCACCUCCGUCUUAUGAGGCCAGUGUGGGAAGAGCGUGGAGGGACGAGGAAGAUGAGAAGCCGUUGAGGCCGAGGCCGAGACGGAAACCUGCGUCGGAUACUACCAAGGACGAAAUCUUGAGAGAGGUACACGAGGUGGAGAGCAAUACGCUGAUCCCUGUGCAGUCAGCGCCGGCACACCUGCAGAGCACCAACACCCCCUGGUGGUAUGCCCCUUCAGAUGUCGGUCAAACAGACCUUGUAUUCUCACCACCUUUACCGCCGCAGGGUACCAGGGUGUCGCAACGGCAGAUGUCCGCAGACAGUGUUCUACUGACGCCCGCAAUAUCAUGGUCCAUGUCGCCGCAACCGACAGGUACAACCGAAUGGCGAGCACCAUCCCCAUCCCCCAGUUUCACCGCCAGCAUAUCCUCGCCUUCAGAGCUCGACUUAGAUUGGAAACCCUCAGCUGCAGUAGAGCUGCCCGCCGAUGACGUCAAAGUCAGCACACGACGGCCUGUGCCACCAGCUUUCAGAACCUUCAAUCGGUAUUCUGCCGAACGCAACCGCAGCGUCGCUUCCUUCAGCUCCACCUCCGAAACCGUGGUUGAUUUCGAUGAGAAGUAUCCGGUUGAAUCUGACGAAAAGUAUCUGGUUGUCUCGAGCACGGAGGGUUCGCUGCACAGAUCUGCAACUUCAGAGCGGCAGAGAAGGGCCAGGAGGAGGCUUGCGGCUUACGACGAUUGA